AUGGCGAGAUUCAGAGUAUCGUAUAAAUUGAAUCCCGACCUUUUUGACAUCAGUUCAGAUGACAAAACAAAAAUGAGGGAGUUUGUACCUAGAAGAAAGGUCCUGAAAACUGUUGGAAAUAUCCAAAGUAUUAUCAGACACAAUGCAGAUGUAAACGACUUUUUGCCGCCCUGGGCGACUGAGAAAUAUUUUUCGGAUUUGCACAAAAAUAAAAAGGAGAUGAGAGACUCUGGCGCAUUGAAUGCAGAAUCGGAAGAAAUCAAGAAAUACAUUGAAAGCAUCAUUGGACGGGCUACAGAGAUACUGAACAACGAGAACGACUCAUUGAAAGUGUUAGAACAAAAGCCAGAUAUUGACAAGCAUGUCGAAGGGAUGAAAAGUGAGGAAACUGUUAUUCCUAAGGAAGAGCUGGAGGAAUAUAUCCAAAGCAUCAUCAAAGGCGCAAGAAAGAUAGUAAAAAGCGAGACAAAAUUGAAAGAUUUAGAAAGUAAGAAAGAGCAGAAGCCAGACAUUGUCAAGAAGAUCGAAUGGAAAAGUGAAGAAACAACUGUUCCUAGGGAAGAAUUAGAGGAAUAUAUCCAAAGCAUCAUUGAAGGUGCAAGACAGACACUAAACGAAGAGCAUGCUGCAGCAGAAAUUUUAAAAAUCAAGAAAAAGCACAAGCCAGACAUUGUAAAGCAGAUCGAAAGGAAAAGUUAUGAACCAACUGUUCAUAAGAAAGAUCUGGUGCAGGAAUAUAUCCAAGGCAUCAUUAAAGGUGCAAGACAGAUACUAAAGAACGAUGUUGCUGCUUCAAAGGUUUCAAAAAUCAAGAAAGAGAUCAAGGCAGACAUUGCCACGUGGGUUGAAAGGAAAAGUAGUGAAACAACUGUUUGUAAAGAAGAAAUGGAGGUGGGAGUAAAAAGCAGGACAAAGUUCAAAAUGGAGGAAAUUACAACCUAUCAAGAAAAUCUUGAGAAAAAGCAGGAACUAAUGAAGACAGUUCAUGAAACUUUGAAGAGCGUGCAGCCUGUCAAGAAACUGAAAGAAUCUGAUGACCAUUAUGUACCCAGAAGGCUCUUUUUGUUUAAUGUGGAUAGCUUUAAAGAAAAGAGCGAGUGCUCUACUGCAGAGACUUGUCUCAAUACUUGUACUCAAUCCCGUCCUUUGAUUUCUGAACAACAUUCUGAUGUGGAAUUAAGAGCGGCAGAAGAUAUGGUUGUUCGUAAAAGAAGAACAUCUUUGAGAAGACGCAUCCUAAAGUUCCUUGGAUUUUAGUAAUGGCAAAUCUUUGCUACUGAAACACGGAACGAAUGUAAUUUAUAAACUAUAUUGCUGGUAGAUAAACAAAUCCAUGUGAAACAUUCUUGUGAUGAACGCUGAACACCUUUAAAGGAUUAUUUUUCAAUAUAUACUAGUAUAACACUUGCUGUUUGAUUUAA